GGCAGGCACCCAGGAAACGACGGGUAGGUGGGCUGGGAGAACCCGACGGCUCCCAAGAGCCGCCGCGCAGCAACACACCCCGGGCGCCGCCCCCGUGCCGCGCAAUCCCGGGCACCUUCCCGGCCGAGGCGGCCCAGGGCGGGGUGGGGCCCGCCGUCAUCCAUUUACCAGCCUCGCCCCUCGGCGGGCGCGCGUUAAUGAGAUUAGCAAUUAAAAAGCGAGCGAGCCUGUGGCGGCGGCGGCGGCGGCGGCGGCGGCGGCGGCGCCACCACCACAGGGCCGAGCGGGCGGGACGCGCGCGGCAGCCGCUCUCCGAAGCAGCCCCGCGCCGAGCCCGCGGCCAUGGAGAAGGCGCGGCCGCUGUGGGCCAACCCGCUGCAGUUCGUCUUUGCCUGCAUCUCGUACUCCGUGGGCCUGGGCAACGUGUGGCGCUUCCCCUACCUGUGCCAGAUGUACGGCGGAGGUAGUUUCCUGGUGCCCUACAUCAUCAUGCUUGUUGUAGAGGGCAUGCCGCUCCUGUACCUGGAGCUGGCAGUGGGCCAGCGCAUGCGGCAGGGCAGCAUCGGUGCCUGGAGGACCAUCAGCCCCUACCUUGGUGGUGUUGGCCUCGCCAGCGUGGUGGUGUCUUUCUUCCUCUCCAUGUACUACAAUAUCAUCAACGCCUGGGCCUUCUGGUACCUCUUCCACUCCUUCCAGGAUCCCCUGCCGUGGUCCGUGUGCCCGCUGAACGGCAACCGCACAGGCUACGACGAGGAGUGCGAGAAGGCGUCCUCGACGCAGUACUUCUGGUACCGGAAGACCCUCAACAUCUCGCCGUCCAUCCAGGACAGCGGGGGCGUGCAGUGGGAGCAGGGGCUCUGCCUCCUCCUGGCCUGGCUCGUGGUGUACCUCUGCAUCCUGCGGGGCACCGAGUCCACCGGCAAGGUGGUGUAUUUUACCGCGCUGCUGCCCUACUGUGUGCUUAUCAUCUACCUGGUCAGGGGCCUCACGCUCCACGGAGCCACCAACGGCCUGGCGUACAUGUUCACGCCCAAGUUGGAGCAGCUGGCCAACCCCAAGGCCUGGAUCAACGCGGCCACCCAGAUCUUCUUCUCCCUCGGCCUGGGCUUCGGCAGCCUGAUCGCCUUUGCCAGCUACAACCAGCCCUCCACCAACUGCCAGAAGCACGCCAUCAUCGUGUCCCUCAUCAACAGCUCGACCUCCAUCUUUGCCAGCGUCGUGACCUUCUCCAUCUAUGGCUUCAAGGCCACCUUCAACUACGAGAGCUGCUUGAACAAGGUGAUUCUGCUGCUGACCAACUCCUUUGACCUUGAAGAUGGCUUUCUGACCGCCAGCAACCUGGAGCAGGUGAAGGGCUACCUAGCCUCGGCCUUCCCCGGCAAAUACAGCGAGGUGCUCCCACAAAUUAGGAACUGCAGCUUGGAAUCAGAGCUGGCCACGGCGGUCCAGGGCACUGGCCUGUCCUUCAUCGUCUACACCGAGGCCAUUAAGAACAUGGCGGUAUCCCAGCUGUGGUCGGUCCUCUAUUUCUUCAUGUUGUUGAUGCUGGGCAUCGGGAGCAUGCUGGGGAACACGGCGGCCAUCCUCACGCCCCUGACCGACAGCAAGGUCAUCUCCAGCCACCUGCCCAAGGAGGCCAUCUCCGGUCUGGUGUGCUUCGUCAACUGCGUCACCGGCUUGGUGUUCACCAUGGAGGCCGGCAAUUACUGGUUCGACAUAUUCAACGACUACGCUGCCACGCUGCCCCUGCUGCUCAUAGUUCUGGUGGAGAUCGUCGCCGUGUGUUACGUGUUCGGGCUGAGGCGAUUUGAAAGUGACCUCAAGGCCAUGACUGGCCGCACCCUGAACUGGUACUGGAAGGCCAUGUGGGCCGGCGUGAGCCCGCUCCUCAUCAUCAGCCUCUUUGUCUUCUACCUGAGUGACUACAUCCUCACGGGGACGCUGCAAUACCAAGCCUGGGACGCUUCCCAGGGUCAGCUUGUGACCAAGGAUUACCCCCUCUACGCACUGGCCAUCAUCGGCCUGCUCGUGGCCUCUUCCAUCAUGUGUAUCCCCCUGGUGGCCCUGGGGACCUUCAUCGUGCGCUGCCUCAAGAGGGGAGACACGCCCCCCAUGGCCUGAGGACUGGGCUUCCCAGAGACUCCGGUCGGCCGCUCACUGUUCUGCGGCUGUAUUUAUAGGUGGAAUCUCCUUGGCUGCCUUUAAACAUAUUUACUCCAGAAAUACUCAACCCGUCAUCUUCCUGAGCCCAUCAAGAAGAACUAGGAGGGUGUGGAGGAAGAAGACUCCCUCGGGAGGACCCACGCCCAUCCACGGAGCGGCCCCUGCUCCCCUCUGCCUGCCCCCAAGGUCACACCGAGCUGGCUCCUUUACGCCAAAGACAUGGGCUUUUCAAGGCCAGUCUUGAAGACCAUUGCUUUCUCGAUUCUAAGGAAGCCCCAGAAUCCGGGCACACCGUGGGCUGAAAUUCGACUAUAAUUUUUACGGAAUAAAAUUUAAGCAAUUUUUUUUUCCUGAAGAAAUCCCAACAUAACAGAGGGCAGGUGCUUUUAGAUCAGUGUGAAGAGAGGUUUUUUGAGCGCCCUGAGAUGAGCCAUCUGAAUGUCACUGGUGCAAAAUCAGUUCUCUUUUUUCAGUCAUACUGAAUACGCCAAGACUGUGUUUCUCGCUAAGAGGACUGGCUGGCCACGAAGAAGGGAGGCCUUUGUUUGGGGUCGCUCCUGUGAUCUGAGGCCUCUCACAGCGGGUCGAGGACCCGUCACCCCAACCACAGGAUGUGACCCCAAAGCCCCGGGCGUGGUCCCAUGAGCAGUCCGUGCAGCCGGCCCCUGCCCCAGUGCCUUACGCAUUAGGAAAGGUGCCAGAGCCACUUUGAGGGUGAAAGUAAAUCUAACGUUCCCACAGAUGACGUUAUACCUGGACACGGUGGCCAACUCUUUAUAGCAAAGACCACGAGCAUCACUUACAAUCGAUUUUAAAAUAUUUGUACCUUUUUUAAAGUUUAUCCAUUUAUUUUGAGAGAGAGGGAAAGACAGA